AUGAGCCAGUUCAUUCAACGAAGGUCAGAGUCCUUAAAUUUGACUCCAAAAUACAGCGAUGACCGACAUGUCUUUGAGCAACUUUUAAUAGAGAUUACACUUUUUGAUCAGGAUGCUGCUUCUCAGAAUAAUUCGAGGUCAAUCCCAGUAACCUUUCAGAUAAUCCAAAUUUUAGUCGAAGCUGGGCUUUUUGUAUUAGAAAGUGAUGACUACAAAAAUAUUUUAAUUCCUUCGAAUCUACUCAAAGAAGCAAAACAGUCAAUCCAAUGUUUAUUGCUGAUCCUGAAAAAAUGCCCAGAAGUUUUAUGCGAAGAAACGCCUUGCGGUGUUUUACUCACUUGGUUACUCCCUCGCACAAUCUUUGUUUUUAAAAAUUUUCAGCUGGCUGAUUUAUUUGACGAUAUUUGCGAAUUGCAUCACACACUUUUCCAUUUCCUUUUUGUCAAGGACUACCUCUGGCCUUUUCAAAGCGUUUACUUGCGAGCAUGGAAAUAUUACAUCGAUACGAUUUCUUCUUCUUUGUUAGAAACUACAAACCUUUCUUUUCCUCUGCGAAUGUUGCCUCUUGACCCACGUCCAUUGUCGUUGGUAGGGGGAAAAUUCGAUGGUAAAGAAGAGACCAACUUUCCAAUUAUCAUUGAUAACUAUCAAGAGGCUUGCUCGUUUUACCUCGAAAGCGUUCAUGUUUUCGCCAAGUAUCUUGCUCCUAUCAACAAACUAAACGAUGUGUCCCUUUAUUUUUUGAACGGCUAUUGGAUUAAGCCUAAAUAUUUAAAUUUCCUAUUUCUUCUCAAAAAACUAGUCAUUACAGACAUUUCGUGCUUAACUCAUACCCGCUGUCGUGCCAUACAAUGCUUAAUUUUCUUUUUCUUGAAAUCUGCCAUCGUUCAGAACUCACCUUGCCAAAAAACCAAGGAUUUAUUACUUAUGUUUGCCAAAUCUUAUCUUUUUUCAUUUCCGCAUGUGUCAAGUUUUGUCGAUUAUACGUACGCUCUCUACUUUCUUUCUCUUUGUAUAUUACCAGAUUCAUACUCUGAAUCUUCUCGUUCAUUUUCUUUGCAUUUACUAUCUUCUCAAACUUUAAUGACCAUUUGUAAUGAUGAACACUCUGAUUCUCAUACAUCCGUUCUACUCUUCAAAUAUCUGUUGGAAAAUAAGAAAGAUAAUAUUUAUAAAAUUAUUUAUGAGAAAAAUAAAGUUUUGGGAACUGAAAAUACAGAUAAAUGCGGGUUUUAUAGAUCUUCUACUUUGAAUCAAUUAUUCUCCUUUGCGUUCUUUUUGGCUUACCCUUUCUCAGCGAAAACCAAUUUAGAAGUACCGCCUGUCAAACUUUGCCCUUUAAAAUCUUUUUCUGAGUGGUUGUUGUCUUCUGGUUCCUCCAGCAUUGACGAUGUGAACUGCAUGUUAUCUGAUGUUUUAUCAAGUUUGGCUUCAAUUUCUGAUCAUGAAUUACAGGAAUUUGAGUUAUCUUUAUGCAAGCAACAUUCAAGCAAUGAAUUGUUAUCAUUUCAAGGCUGUCUUGCAUGCGAUUCUAAUGUUGUCCAAUACCGGGAAAAAAAUGCCAAACUUUUAAAUAUACCCUCUGACCAAAUAUUUCUAAAGUUAUUAGAUUCUGAUCUAAUUAAAUGCUCAGAAACAAAAUUAUAUUUUGCUUUAAGGGCCCUUAAUCGUUGGUUAAAUCAUACUAAUCCCCGAUAUUUAUUGGUAUCACACCAGAUGAAAGAAAAGUUAAUUCCACUACUUUGUAGUACCACAAGGUCUGUUCGGAUACUGGCAGCUUCUGUCGUCCCAAAGGUGUUUUUUAAUUCUUCCAUUCAAAAGGACGUGGAUCUCUUACGGAAUAUUCGAAUGGAAGUGCUAAGGACUUUAAAAGAUAUAUCUUCAAGCGACGUAUCUUUAAUGGAAACAACCAUAAUUACAUGGGAGAAUGUGGGUCGCUUAGCAGAAGGCGAAGAGCUUCACCUGGUUCUUUUGCAAAUUAUCUCAAUAGCAAUAGAAUUUGACAUAUACUACCAAGGUAUUUGUUUGCAUGCCCUCCAAAGUAUUGCUCGUUCAAGAAGGGUUUCUGUUUGGAAACUACUAUCUCCUUAUUGGCCUACAAUAUCUGUAACUAUCAUUAGAGGUAUGACUUCCAAACCCAACAUCGUUGGACUAUUUGCUGAAGCAAUGGAUAUAUCUGAAAGCGAUUUUUUAAUUCGCACUCAAUCCUAUACACUCCCCUACCUUGUCUUAACUAAAAACCAUCAUGUUAUUUCCCGGAUUGCUGAAUUAUCACAGACUGACGUCGCAGCCUUAUGUUUGACGAAUAUGCAUAAAAUUCUGGCCGUUUUAUUAACCACCGAUUAUCCAAACCUGGAAGAAAGUGUCAUGCUAUUAUUAAGUCUGGCUUCCUCAGAUUUUCGAAAAAUUGACCUUAGUUCAUUAUUAAGGUCUGAUCCUAUAGCUUUAACCGUAGAGUUGCUUCAGUUAUAUAAUUCCGGAGUUCCAAGGGAGAAAAUUGAAAACGCUUUGAAGAAAGUAGCUUUGAUGGUAUCUCAAUCAUCUUCUGAACUUUCAGAUUCCGACGAAGAUAAAUUGCUUCAUGACUUCUUUAAUAAUCAUAUUUUGGGAAUCUUAGCUGAAUUUUCAAAUAUUUUGAAUGACCUAAAAGGGAAAACGUCUGUUAACGAUAAAAUACGUACAAUUGUCGGAAUUCGAGAAAUGUUUACCCUUUCCGGUAAUGCUAUUAAGCUAGGAUUACCUCAAAUACUGUCAAGCUUGCAAAAUGCGUUCCAGGAUGAUACAUUACGUUCAUAUGCUAUUGACACCUGGUUACAAUUAGUAUCCUACAUUAAUGAACCUGAAUACACUUCCAUAGCCAGUCUCAGUCUUGUACUUUUCCCAAUUAUAUAUAAAAAGCUUAGAGGGCAAGAGGCAGAGACGGUACAAAAAGUCUUCGAUUUUAUUGCUUCCGACCCUCAUAAUUGUUUAUCGGAAUUAAGAUGGGCAAUUCCUACUACUUUAGACUUGCCUUGUUUUAAAGAUAACACUAGAGAUAUAUUCUCGAAAUUGCAGAAUGAUGAUUUCUUCGUCAACAUUGAAGAUAUUAUCAAAUGUCUAAGAAACGAGCACGAAUCAGUUUGCUACCUGGGUCUUCAAAAACUUGAUAUCUUUUUAGAGAAUAAGCAAGAAGAAUUGCAUGAGGUACUCUAUUCGGAUGCUUCAGAUUCCAUUUUGGAUCAGUUGUUACGUUGCUUGCUUGACUGCUGCAUAAAGUUUGCACAUAGUAAUGAUGAAAUAGCAAAGCUUUGUACGCGAAACAUCGCGAAGCUUGGUGCUGUUGAUCCUAGCCGCUUAGAAGCUCGGAGCAAUAUUCAACAAACGGUCGUGUUAGAUAAUUUUGAGGAUGGCGAGGAAAGUUUACGGUUCAUAUUGGAUUUCAUUCAAUCUCAACUAAUUCCUGCAUUUCUUGUGACAACCGACACAAAAGCUCAAGGCUUUAUAGCCUACGCAUUGCAGGAGUUUUUAAAAUUAGGGGGAUUUAAAUCUGCUGUGCUAAAUAACAAGAAAAGUACAUCAUUAACCGUAGUUGCGGAGCAUUGGAAAGCUUUACCUGACCUUUCUAAGCGAGUGCUUAUUCCUUUUUUGAAUUCCAAAUAUCAUCUUACUCUUGUCCCUAAAUUGGAUAUUAACUUUCCAAUAUUCAAGCAGAAUAUGGACACUCACUCAUGGGUUCAAGAAAUUUCUUUGAAGCUGACAGAGUUUCCUCAUUCUCAAAAUGCUGACAGAAUUUUCAGCAUAUGUUCCAAAGUGAUUAAGGAUCAAGAAAUGUCGAUACCUUGCUUUUUACUUCCAUUUUUGGUUUUAAAUGUCGUCAUAACUGAGAAAGAUGAAGUUGUUGAGCUAGUUAUUGCUGAAUUUCAGUAUAUAAUUAAUCAACCCAGCCCUGAUGGAUUAGACUCUAUCGGAAAGCAGAGAUAUGCAUCAUUUGUCAAUUUGUUUUUUAACAUUGUUGAUUACUUAAACAAUUGGCUUCGUAUGCGAAAAAAGAGAAAUUGGAGUAGACGCUCUGCGUUAGCUAGAAGAGAAAACCGAUAUAUGUCUGUUGAUGACUUGACUACUCAGGAAAAUUCUGUCAGCAAGGUAGAAAGUUUUCUUUUACGCUUUCCUUCAAAAACACUGGGCCUUGUUUCUUUAAACUGUGGAUUUCAUGCUCGCGCUUUGUUUUAUUGGGAACAGCACAUUAGAACUGCCCUUUUGGAAAAGCCAGGCUCUCUUUUAGAUUCAGAUUACCGCAUUUUGCAGGACGUUUAUACAGGAAUAGAAGAUCCUGAUGGAAUUGAAGCCGUUUCUCUAAACUUUCAUGAUUAUUCUUUAGAUCAACAACUUUUGUUGCAUGAAAAUUCUGGUAAAUGGGAUUCGGCACUUAGUUGCUACGAAAUACUUGUACAAAAUUACCCAGAGAACCAUAGAGCAAAAGUUGGGCUGCUGAACGCAAUGCUACAAUCUGGGCAUUACGAAUCCUUAGUGUUAUCCGUGGAUUCGCUAAUGGAAACAGAUUCUGAAGCAAGCACUUCAUCUAAAAUCAUUGACUUAGGGAUUGAAGCAGCGUGGCAUUCUUUGUCCGUUAACUCCCUUCAAAAAUGCAUACAGAAAAGUAAUUUGCAAACUUUUGAUGCCAAACUCGGAGAAAUCUUCCAAAAUUACUUAUUGCAAGAAUCGGACUUGGCAACGAUGGAAUACCAAUUGGAACCCUUGUAUGCCGAGGCUGCUUCUAUAAUUUCGAAUAUUGGCGCCCAUUCUUCCUACGAUUGCUAUGAAAUGCUUUCAAAACUUCAUGCACUUUACGAUUUCAGUAAAAUUGCUGAAAUUGAUUUAACCCCAAAUUCCCAGGAAAAACUUGAAGUUUUUCUUCACCGCCGACUCAAUAAAGUGGCCCCCUAUGGAAGAUACAGACACCAUAUUUUGUCGACACACUUGGUUGCUUUCAGCCGAUUUAAGUUACGAGAGAAGUUAGCAGGUAUCUAUCUAGAGAUCGCUAGGUUUUCGCGAAAAAAUGGCCAGGCUCAAAGGGCCUAUAAUGCCAUUUUAAAGGCUAUGGAACUUGAUAAGCCUCAAGCUACAAUUGAACAUGCUAGGUGGUGGUGGCAUCAAGGGCAACAACGAAAAGCCAUAGCCGAACUACAUUCAUCUCUCGAAAACAACAUUUUCGAUGGGGAAUCUUUUAACAUAAAAAACAAGAAGGCAUCCCAAACGGGAAACCCACUCAAAGGUAAAGUUUAUCUAGAGCUUACUAAAUGGCUUGGAAAAGCUGGUCAGUUAGGACUUAAGGAUUUGGAAACUCACUACUCUAAAUCUGUCGAAAUCUAUGCGGAAUGGGAAAAAAAUCAUUACUAUUUAGGCCAUCACCGAGUUUUAAUGUUCGAGGAAGAGAAGAAGCUUCCUGUUUACGAGCAAAGCGAGAGGUUCCUUUCAGGUGAAUUGGUAACUCGUAUAAUAAACGAAUUUGGUCGAUCUUUAUAUUAUGGGACCAGUCAUAUAUAUGAAAGCAUGCCUAAGCUUUUAACUCUAUGGUUGGAUUUCGGAGCAGAGGAAUUACGGCUUUCAAAAGAUGACGGAGAAAAAUACUUUCGGGAACAUAUAAAUUUAUCACGUAAAAAAUCAUUAGAGUUGAUGAAUUCUAAUAUAUGCCGAUUAGCAGUUAAAAUUCCUCAAUAUUUUUUCCUCAUUGCUCUUUCUCAAAUGAUAUCUCGGAUUUGCCAUCCGAAUAAUAAAGUCUAUAAGAUUUUAGAGCACUUAGUUGCUAAUGUUAUCGCGACUUAUCCAAGUGAGACACUCUGGCAACUGAUGGCUACUAUCAAGUCUAUUUCCCAAAAACGUUCUGUCAGAGGAAAAAGCAUCCUGAACGUUCUUCAAUCUAAAAAGGUUGCUAUUACUUCAAAAAUCGACCUUAGGGUAUUAAGUCAGUCCGCCAUAUUACUAACAGAAAAAUUGGUGGAUUUAUGUAACACUCGAAUAGAUAGUAAAGCUGUUAAAAUGAGCUUAAAGAAUCAUUUCAAAAUGGUAUUUGAUACGCCCGUUGAGCUUGUUAUACCUGCCCGCUCUUUUUUAAAUAUAAGCUUACCUGCUACGGAUGCAAAUCGGAUUACCCACCAUCCUUUUCCAAAGAAUCAGCCUGAGAUUUUGAAAUUCGAAGAUGAAGUUGAUAUUAUGAAUUCUCUACAAAAACCGAGAAAAGUUUAUGUCAGAGGUACUGAUGGCAAUGUAUAUCCGUUCUUAUGUAAACCAAAGGAUGAUUUGAGAAAAGACGCUCGGCUAAUGGAGUUCAACAAUGUGAUUUGCAAAAUACUACGCAAAGAUCAAGAAGCUAACAGAAGAAAUUUGUGUAUACGAACUUACGUUGUCAUUCCCUUAAACGAGGAGUGUGGCUUUAUCGAAUGGGUUAACCAUACUCGCCCUUUUAGAGAUAUUUUGCUGAAGAACUAUCGGCAGAAAAAUAUUCCUAUAUCCUAUCAGGAAAUUAAAGUCGAUUUAGAUAUGGCUUUAAGAAGCCCAAAUCCUGGAGAAAGUUUUGAGAAAACGAUGCUACCAAAGUUUCCCCCAGUCUUUUAUGAAUGGUUCGUCGAAUCAUUUCCCGAACCAAACAGCUGGGUUAAUAGCCGCCGAAAUUACAGUCGUACUUUAGCUGUUAUGUCCAUUGUUGGUUAUGUUUUAGGUCUGGGUGAUCGUCAUGGUGAGAAUAUACUCUUCGACGAGUUUACCGGUGAAGCUAUACAUGUUGAUUUCAACUGCCUCUUUGAUAAGGGCUUGACGUUUGAGAAACCAGAAAAGGUUCCUUUCAGACUGACGCACAACAUGGUGGACGCUAUGGGCCCAACCGGUUACGAAGGCGGUUUCCGUAAGGCAAGUGAGAUAACAAUGAAACUUUUACGAUCAAAUCAAGAUACCCUAAUGAGUGUUCUUGAAUCGUUCCUUCAUGAUCCUUUAGUGGAAUGGAAUAGGCGAAAAAUUACAGGAAGAUAUCCGGGUAAUGAGGCUAAUGAAGUUUUAGACACGAUUCGAAAAAAGUUCCAAGGCUAUAUGCCUGGUGAAACCAUUCCCCUUUCAGUGGAAGGUCAAAUUCAAGAGUUAAUUCGAUCUGCAGUUAGUCCAAAAAACCUCGUUGAAAUGUACAUUGGCUGGGCAGCUUAUUUUUAA